GGACGAGGAAGAGGGGAGGGGAAAAAGUUGGACACGGACAAUCUUGCACUAACUUUUUUUCUCCCGUUUCUUUCUCCCUGGAAAAAGCCUCAAGAAAAGAAAAAAAAAAAAAAAAAAGAAAAGAAAAAAAAAGUCAAAGGGAAAAUUCACCGUGGAUUACAUUUGAAUUACAUUUGCAGUGCCCUGAAACGAUUUCCACUGGAGUGCCUGGGAGAUAUACGUCCACUCAUUUCGGAUUAAUGUGGGUCUCAACUUUGUGGAGUUAUCAAUAGCUGAAGCUGGUGGUUGAGGUGAGGCGUGUUCGGAGGAGUGAAACCAUGUGGCUUCUCCGCUCCGCUCUGACUCUGCUGGCCCUUGGCCUCGGAUCAUGUGACACAGAGAUGUCAGCGCAAGGUGUUCAGUGCCCAUCCUUGCAGGUGGAUGACUGGAAGUUUCCUCAGACGGCCAGGCAUAACAUCACCGGUUUCAAUCUGGUGCGCCGCUUCUCCCUGCUCAAGAGUUCAGAUGUCAAAAAGAUUCGCAACCCUCGAGGACCCGUCAUCCUCCGCUUGGGCAAGACCGCACUCCUACGCCCUACCGAUCAGGUGUUCCCUCAUGGCUUACCUGAGGAGUUCACCCUGGUCUUCACUCUGGUCCUGAAGAAGGCCGCCCUGAGGGAUACGAUCUACCUCCUCCAGAUCUCCAACCAGCCAGGUUACCCACAGUUUUCCCUAGACUUGAAUGGCCCAGAUGGCACCCUGUCCCUGCGAAUGAGGGCGGCAGACCCUGCAGCUGACAUGGUGGGCUGUGUUUUCAGCGGGGAAGGUGUGGAGUCCCUAAUGGACCUGCGCUGGCACAAAGUGGCCCUCAGCGUGCAACACGGCGCCGCCGCCCUCCAUGUGGACUGCAGCUCCAUAGAAACAAAGCCCUUGGAGCCGCAUGGAGAGGUGGCCACUGACGGACACACCCUGCUGGCCAUCCGGGCCUCCGAUGCUGGGCCUGUGCAGUUGGACAUUCAGCAGGUGAUGCUGUAUUGUGACCCCUCCCUUGCCAUUCAGGAGGCCUGCUGUGAGAUACCUGGAGCUCGGUGCCCACCAGAUGCCCCCAAGAGCCGCCGUGCUGCUGAAAACGACCUGGUGGAAAACACCUUUAACCAGGAGAUUUUUAGAUCCAAGGAUCUGGCAGAGAAAUGUGCUGGUUGUAUUCUUCUCAGUGGGGAAGAAAAUCUAAUAAAUAAUAUUGGUGGACGAGCUGGAUUGAAGGGGGAAAAAGGCGACCGGGGCUCUGACUGCUCUGGCUCCCAUUCAGGUCCAUGCACAGAGGGACCCAAGGGCCAGAAGGGAGAGAAAGGCGAGCCGGCGCUGUCUGUCAACUGGGGUGAAGCAGUCGGGUACAAGGGAGAAAAAGGACAAAAGGGCGAGAUCGGCCCACAGGGUCUCACCGGGACCCCUGGAAAGGAUGGUCGAGCAGGGUCCAUCUGUGUGGUUGGCCCGAAGGGACAGAAGGGUGUCUCUGGUUCGGUUGGCCCAGAAGGGUUGGCUGGAGAACCGGGGAAGCCAGGAGCUCCAGGAUUGCCAGGAAUUGGACUACCGGGCCCACCAGGCCCUCCUGGUGAGCCGGGCGGCGCAAAGGGGGACAAGGGGGACUCAGGAUUUCCUGGACUGAAGGGGUCCUCUGGUGAUCCGGGACCAAGAGGACCAGGAGGACCUAAAGGAGAGAAGGGCGACCCAUGUGAAGUGUGUCCCGUGCUGAAUACAGACCUUAGCAAUGGAGUGGUUCUACAGGGGAAACCUGGCCCUAAAGGAGAGCCUGGCAUUGGAGAAAGUGGACAGCCUGGGCUUCCAGGCACAGAUGGCAAGGCAGGACAGAAGGGAGAACCGGGAUCAGAUGGUGCCAAAGGCGAAAAGGGAGAGCCCUGCGCUGUGUGUCCCACCCUCGGAGAGUUACCCCCUAAUUUGAUCCCUGGUACCAUGACCCAGACCCUGCAGCAAAAGGGUGAGAAGGGCGAGCCUGGGGUAGGACAGAAAGGAGAGCAGGGGGAGCCGGGACAUGUAGGAUUAGCUGGCCUCAAAGGAGAGAAGGGUAAUGCAGGAAGCAGGGGAGCCGAUGGUAAAACGGGAAAGGUUGGACCAAGGGGACCCAGUGGCAAGGAUGGACAGAAGGGUACAAAGGGAGACCAAGGCCUGCCUGGUGUUGGCCUUCCUGGGCUUAAGGGGGAGAAGGGCGAGUGUGGUGUAUGCCAGCCAUCCGAGGUUGGCAGCGGACCUGCCAGUAUCAAAGUGCCUGAGGGAACAACUGGCAAACCGGGCGAGCCAGGCCCCCCAGGGCCACCCGGACCUCCAGGGCUCGAGGUCGAUGGCAAACAGGGCUUGCCAGGUCUCCCUGGUGCAAGAGGAGAAAAGGGAGACCAAGGAGAGCAAGGAGACAAGGGAUUGGAUGGAGCCCCAGGAGCCCCCGGGCUGCCUGGAGAGCCUGGACGUGAUGGACUAUCGGGUUUGAAGGGAGAGAAGGGUGAAGCUUGUACCAGCUGUCCAUCUCUCAGCACUGCUGUGGGUGCUGGCGUAGCUGUGCCAGGACCCAAAGGAGAGAAAGGAGACCCUGGUCCCCCCGGAGAAGGGAAGGCUGGCAAGCAUGGGAAACCAGGCUUACCAGGUGUGCAGGGACCUCCAGGUCUCAAAGGAAGCCAGGGAGAACCCGGAGUUGCAGGAGUUGGCCUACCAGGAUUGCAGGGUGAACAGGGACCAAGAGGGCUCCCGGGAGUUCAAGGAUCGCCAGGAGAAAGAGGGUUACCCGGACCUUUUGGCCCUCCAGGCGGGAAGGGCCCCAAAGGAGAAGUUGGGCCUCCAGGGCCACAGGGGCCGAUGGGCAUUGGAGUGGCAGGGCCACCAGGUAAAAACGGUGCCCCUGGCUCUACAGGGUUGCCAGGAGCUGACGGUAUACCUGGAGCUGAUGGAGCCAAGGGGGACAAGGGCGAACCUGGAGAGUGCAACUGCAUAAUGCCGCCGUACCUCGGCACCGGUGGGCCUGGAGCUCCAGGAACGAUCGGAGGAAACAUGUGGCAGCCUGGGCCUCAGGGGCCUCCAGGACCUCCCGGCCCCCCUGGUCCCCCAGGGCCUCAGGGCGUCAUUGGAAUCCAAGGACCCCAGGGUAUCCCUGGAAACGACGGGAUACCAGGGAGCCCGGGUUUGCCCGGACAGAUCAACCCUAUCGGGCAGCACCAGCAGCUGCCUCAAGACUCCACUGGAGGGGAUGGUGAUGAGGGCUGUGUUGGGGGCUGCUCCCAGGGCUUGCCAGGGGUUCCGGGCAUUUCUGGUGCCAAGGGAGAAAAGGGAGACCAGGGCAAGCCUGGCGUAAGCCCUGUGGACGGCUGUGAGAGGUGCCUGGAGACACUACACAGGGAGCAGGCGACACAAGCAGUGGGUGACCAAGCCUGCGCAGGAACACCAGGACAUCCAGGAAUGCCAGGACCACCAGGAAUAAAAGGAGAGGCGGGUUCGCCAGGUCAGAGAGGUCCAGCAGGAAUACCAGGAAACAUGGGUCCACCUGGUUUCCCUGGUCCACAGGGUUCAAAUGGUUUACCUGGUCAGCAGGGCGAGCGAGGGUCACCUGGAAUUCCAGGCAUGAAGGGUGAACAGGGGCCUCCGGGGACGGCCGGGUAUCCAGGAUCCAUGGGAUCGCCUGGCCUGCCUGGACUGAAGGGUGAGCGCGGGAGUCCAGGAAGUGUUGGUCAGAAAGGAGAAUCAGGUCCUCCUGGAAACCCAGGAUACCAAGGACAGGCUGGCUCACCGGGAGCUAAAGGAGACGUGGGACCAGCUGGUCCUGCAGGACCAAAAGGGGAUCAGGGUUUCCAAGGACAGCCAGGUUUCCCAGGACCGCAGGGUCCACCAGGUCCCUCUGGCAAACCUGGAAGAGAGGGAUCCCCCGGGCCCAAAGCUGAGAAGGGAAAUGAUGGGGCGCAGGGCCCUCAGGGACCAGUCGGACCACCAGGCCGUCCCGGCUCGCCAGGAAUGAUGGGGCCGCCUGGCAUGGAGGGAAUGGAUGGAAAGGAUGGGAAACCAGGGUUGCGUGGAGAAACAGGCCCUCCAGGGUCAGCAGGACCAAGAGGAAUCCCAGGAUUCAAAGGGAAGACUGGCCAUGUUGGCUUCCCUGGACAGAAGGGUGAGGUCGGACCUUCGGGUCCACCUGGGCCAGCAGGCAGACCAGGACUAGAUGGUGACCCCGGUACCCCAGGAACUCAGGGACGACCUGGACCCUCUGGCCACAUUGGUCCUCCAGGGCCCGCGGGACCCCCAGGACCUUCUGGCCCAGCGGGAUUGGGUAUAAAGGGAGAUAAGGGCCAGGUAGGAGAGCGAGGUCUCCCAGGGAUGGUAGGACCCCCAGGAGCACCCGGACACCCAGGACCUGUGGGAGAGCCAGGCAGUGACGGUGCCGUUGGUAAAGAUGGAAUACCAGGUCUUCCAGGCGAGAGUGGCCAGCAAGGUCAGAAGGGUGAGCCAGGAGCUACAGGCCAGAGGGGGCCUCCAGGGGAGAGAGGCAGGCCGGGGCCCCCUGGUGGUGGUGGCUACCACGGCAAGGAUGCACAGCCGAUAAUUGGCCCAGUAGGACCCAGAGGGGAGAGGGGCAACCCCGGGCCGCCUGGCCCUGCUGGUACUAACGGACCUCCAGGGUUACCUGGAAAUGAUGCUGUAGUCAAUUAUGAUGACAUCAAGAGUUUCAUUCGUCAGCAGGUCAUCAAGAUCUUUGAUGAGAGAAUGGCCUACUACAUGUCCCGUGUACAGAUGCCAGUAGAGAUGGUAGCAUCUCCUGGUCGGCCUGGGCCACCAGGGAAAGAUGGAAUUCCAGGUAGACAGGGGCUUCCAGGAGCACCUGGUCUCCCGGGACAAAUCGGCCGAGAGGGCCGACCAGGAGCCCAAGGACCCCCUGGACCACGAGGACCCCAGGGAGAAAAAGGAGAAAAAGGUGUUGGAGAAAUGGGAGAUGCAGGACCCCCUGGAGCACCAGGUGUCCCUGGCCCCCCAGGCUAUGGCAAGAUGGGAGCCCCAGGCCCCGUUGGCCAACAGGGCGUUCCAGGGGUCCCAGGACCUCCUGGACCUCCAGGUACGAAGGGGACAGAUGGCCGGUGUAAUCCCGGAGACUGUAUGAGCCAUCAAGUAGAGUAUAGCCCCAAGGGCCCACCUAUGAAGGGCCCAUGGUAAAGAGAUGGGGGGAAGGAGAAAAAGGGGAGAGGGCAGUGAAGCAAAGACACUACAGAGAGUACAGAAAGCCAAAGACCACGACCCAAAGAUGAAAUACACAAGUGCCAUUUAUUAUUGAAUUGUACAGAUCUACCCGCGCAGCUGUCUACUGUAGUUCUUGAGCAAAGAUCUUCACAUUUUUAGCAAGGGCCCCACUGGAGAUGAGGCCUACACAGAAAACACCUGCAGCAGAUUUUCAUUGCAUCGUUUUAUUUCCCUGUGAACACCAAAACACUGCCACAUCACACGUUCCUAUUUUGGUCUCGCCACGUAUUUUCCCUCAGCUUUCAACUCUUCACUGUUUUUCAUUAUUUUUGCACAUUUUUUAACAAUCCAGGGAAGUUGACAAGAAUCACGAUUUGUAUCUUCCCCUGCCUGAUUACUUCAGGCCUGUUCUCCUCUUUUCAUUUUCUCUGUCAAAAUCUGUAGGAAGAGAAUGCACACAAUUAUUGUAGCACUUUGCUUCCACCACUCACUUCUUUAUUCUUUUCACAGAAAAUUACAUUGAGCGUGCCCCAUGCAUUUGUAAUAUUCUGAUUCUCUGCUUAAGGUGAAAUACACAUUUUGGAUUUGAUUUUUUACAAGAAUGUCCCUUGCAAAAUUUUCUUUUUUCUUUUUUUUAUCAAAACAGACAUCAAAACCCUAAAUUCAUACCCUCUUCAAUGGAGUGCCUGUUUUGUACAUAUUUAUAUUUAUAUAUAGUGGCUUUUUUAUACUUUUUUAACUUUUUUAAGUAAAAGGAAAAGGCAUAACCAUGGCUCACUAAUUAUUUGUUAUCGUCAGUGGGUACACAGCAACAAAACUGCCAGAGAUAUUUUUCUAAGGUUUAUAAGCUUUCAAAGUGGAAUAAUGUGUUCAGUAAAAGACAAAUUAUUUAUAAAAGGAAAUUGCUUUUACUUGUGAAAGCACAUUGGUUUUUGUAAUUAUGUUGCUGAGGUUCAUAAUUGAGUGUCAUUUUACCACCAGUCUUCAUUGUAAAUGCAGCCGUUUUAAACGUCUCAUCUCAUUUUGUAUUCCAAAGUCGAUGUUCUAGCCAUCUGUCUGCAUCACCAGGCACGUGUUUAACGAAAUAUAAAUGAGAGCUGAGCGCAUUCACCACUUGUACUGUAACGCAACACUCUGUGCAUGACCACUAAGCCCUCACGAUCCCAUUUAAGGAUAACGGGACACAUUUGGAACUCAAAGAAAGCAUAAAGCAUUGUCUUCUGUCAUGUUAUGUGAUACUUGACUUAACAUGGGUCAUCUUUUCACAUCAUCAUUUUUCUGCCUGGAAUCUUGAAUUUGAACUUUACCAUCUGUUACCAUUUCUGUAGCUUGACCAAGUAUGUAGCAAUCACACUCGUUUCUCACAAACGUAACCCAUGUUAAACUUUUCCCAAACAAAAUUAUGAAACUGUCCAAAAAGGCUGUAUCAUAUGGUUAUAGUUUUUGUUUCUUGUUGUAUUAAACACUAUUGAAACUGUAACAUUAUUGCCCAUCAACGCUCUAACCUGUGUAUAUGUUGCUGUGUGUCUUACUGUCACUUUUGUUCCAUCCAUCAUGUGCCUACAUGUUGUUUUAUGAAAAAUUUGAGAUGAAAAACAAAAAACAUUUUGAAAGCAGAA